CACUCUUGUCAUCUCGGCGGCGGCGCGGCGGAGCCAAAGGAAGGAGCAGCAAGCGCCGGCCCGGAGGAGCACGGCGACCUCGCAACCAUGGCAAGGGGCCUGAAAAAGCACUUGAAGAGGCUCAAUGCGCCCAAACAUUGGAUGCUGGACAAACUUGGUGGAGCUUUUGCCCCCAAGCCAUCUUCUGGUCCGCACAAGUCCAGGGAGUGCCUGCCACUGAUCCUCAUUAUCAGAAACAGACUCAAGUAUGCAUUGACAUACCGUGAGGUUAUUUCUAUCCUCAUGCAGCGCCAUGUAUUGGUUGAUGGCAAGGUCAGGACUGACAAGACCUACCCAGCUGGCUUCAUGGAUGUCAUCUCCAUCCCCAAGACUGGUGAGAACUACAGGCUUCUGUAUGAUACCAAGGGGCGCUUCCGUCUUCAGUCCAUCAAGGAUGAGGAUGCUAAGUUCAAGCUUUGCAAGGUCCGGUCUGUGCAGUUUGGCCAGAAGGGCAUCCCCUACCUGAACACUUAUGAUGGUCGCACCAUCCGCUACCCAGACCCUAUCAUCAAGGCAAACGACACCAUCAAGAUUGAUCUGGAGACCAACAAGAUUGUUGACUUCAUCAAGUUUGAUGUUGGCAAUGUUGUCAUGGUGACUGGUGGAAGGAACACUGGUCGAGUUGGUGUGAUCAAGAACAGGGAGAAGCAUAAGGGCAGCUUCGAGACCAUCCAUGUUGAGGAUGCUCAGGGCCACCAAUUCGCCACCCGUCUUGGCAACGUGUUCACCAUAGGCAAGGGCAACAAGCCUUGGGUGAGCCUUCCCAAGGGCAAGGGUAUCAAGCUAAGCAUCAUUGAGGAGCAGAGGAAGCGGGAUGCUGCGGCCCAGGCUGCUGCUAACGCAUAAAUCCACUGCGCGUGCCUAGAGUUUUGCAAGGAUAUAGAACUAUUUGCCCAGACUAUCGUUUCGAGUUUUGCCUGAUGUUUAUGUUGAUUCGCGAACUCAAUCUUUGCUGCUAGCUGUAAUGCGACUGUUUACCUUAUCCAAGGCGCUCUUUAAGAACCACCAGUUUUCUUUGC